AGCAGACAUGUCUGUACAUGACAACUUUCGUUCUGUACCUGCAUUUUUUGUCAUGCUUUUUCUUGGGAACCAGCAAUUUACGCUUUAGAAUUGUUGCAGUAAGCAAAGUAGCACAUUUCCUCCUUCUACACCAGAAAAACGAAAUUUCCAGCUGAUUACCAGAAAAACGAUUGUUACCUACAAGGUUUGGGCAUGAAAAUCUAAUUGUCAUAUUUUCACUCUUCCUCGUGGUGCCGUACCUUUUCCAUAAAACAUGUGGGUGCUUUGGAUUCUACUCUUAACUGGAAACUUUAUCACUGAGUCCUGGAGCCUUGAUGUCAGUCAUUUAUCUGUGACAUAUGGCCAACAGCUAAGUAUCACAAUGAUGAGUGUUACUGAUAAAUUAGAGUUUACAUCUGUGAAUAAAGAGCAGUCGUAUAUUAUCUGGUCCAGAAAUGCCCAACCAAAAAAAGGAAAAGUGAUAUCAUCAGGUGAAGAAAAUCACUUUGUGAUUAAGUCUGUCACAUUUGAUGAUCAGGGAAACUACACACAGUGGAACCUCUGGGGAAAAGUGGGUUCAGUCCAUUUAGUGAAGGUUCUCUCUAAAAGACGUAUCCAGGGUUGCGUGCCUGGUAAAAAUCUGAGCAUUUCCAUGGACGGCCUUUCAAAGGAUGACGUUAAACUACAGUUCUUCGGCAAAGAUUUCAACCUCACACUGGUGGAGCACGGUUUGCCAGUGGGCAACAACCAGUUCGGAUAUUGGGGACGGAUCCACAUAACUUCCAAAAGUAUACAAGUUCUUAUUGUUGAUGGUUCGGAUGUGGGGAAGUAUAUACUCAGUGACCAUGAAAAUAAUACGGUCACGAUCAUCAUUCUAAGCAUGUUCAACUGUGAACUUCAACCCACUCAACUGAAACGGAUACACGGCCAGCAGUUGAUUAUCAAGCUGCCUAUUUGGUAUAAGAAGUUGGAGUUUAGCUCAGAAAAAGAAAAGCAAUCUGUUCUCUGGCCCAGUUGUGCUCAGCACACAAGGAAAUAUGUUAAAGGAUCAGGUUAUAAAAGACAAUUUAUUAUUAACCCUGUCACAUAUAAUGAUCAAGGAACCUACACAAGGUGGAACUACAGGGAUCAAGUGUCAUCUGUUUUUAAACUGGAGGUUUUCACUGCAACCCAUAUCAAGGAUUGUGAAGAUGGUAAGACUUUCACAAUUUCACUGGAUGGCCUGGCAAAAGAAGACGUCACACUGCUUUUCACCAACGAAGAUUCCAAUAUCACUCUGGUGGAGCACGGCUUACCUGUGAACAACUCACAUAAUCACUUCUCAGAACGGAUCCAGGUGACUAGCAGUGAUAUCCAGGUGCUCAAUAUUGGUGUCUCUGACAUGGGCAACUACACACUCACUGAUCAUGAAGGUCGCAAGGUCAAGGUCAUUACUCCACACUUUGUCUAUAAGGCAAAACCUCUGCUAGCUCUGCUGCUGUUGCUUUUAAUACCCGCCUUGAUUUGCUGCUGCUAUGGGGAUAAGAUUUAUAAAAAAUGCACCAGAUCCACAACCACCACCGCUGCAAGCACCACUAUGAGUGCAGUGAAGACUGAAAACCAAAAUCCACUUCUUGCAGACAAGAAGAAACCCAAAGCUCCUGCAGGCAGGACACCGGUAAAGCAGUCUCCAGCCCAAAAAUGACUGAUGUCCAGAUCUUAUUGGAUUUCGCAGUAGAAAUUCAACAUUGCCAUGGGAUAGAAGUCCACCUGUAUUUUCUUUCAACAGCCUGCAUUUCUACCUUAUAUUGUUACAUGGCCUUACGUGGAAAACUGGGUUACCCAGACACAGUGUUGUUCCAAAGGUUAGUUUUAUUAGUGUAGUUUAGUCAGUAAGCAAUGGACCUAAUAGUUAUACAUCUUAUAGUUUUUACAUCUUUUAUUGUUAAUAAAAUUGGAAAUAACAACAAUUGGAUGAAUUGUAAGUCACCUAAUGCUAACCCUAGCAGUAUUGCUAACUAAUAUGUCUCCAUUCAUCUACUGUAUAAUUGCUAAUAUGGAUAGAUGUAUGGAUGGACAUUAUUAAUCCCCAAGGGUAAAUUUGUGAAAUUUAUAUAAUCAAUUCUAAAAAUGCUGCUUCUCGUCCCUUUAUACUGUUAUUUUUAUGGUUCUCAGUACAGCCCAUUGUACAUUAUGGAAACCAAAAAAAUUAUGGAGAAUACAUUGUACCAGAGAGAAAAGCAAUUACUUAAGUGAUACACAAUUGAAUUGCUUUUCAUUUGUGACCUAAACAAAAUAUACCAUAAUGAAAACGGAAUAAAACAGACAAUCAAUCUGUCAUAUGGACCCAUACUUUCAGCCCUUAGUGCACAUGUACAGUUUAGUUUUUCCUAGACACAAAGCAAACAAGCAACAGGAUUCUGCUCUGUACUGGUGCUUAGGUAAUGAAUUAAAAAUGAAUGUUUGCUAUCUUUAAAUCCAGAGUAAAGUUUUCAAAUAAAUUA